AUGAAUGCUCAAAAUUUACAAGAUGUACUUUCUGCUCUGGAAACGAUGCAGGAAAUGAUGGAAUACGAGGAAAACAGUUCAAGAACAAGAAGUUAUGUCCGCGAGGAACAUGUACCCUUCCUGGACUCACGUUUCCGGAAUUUGGACUCCUACAUCGCUUCCCAGAAUCCGAAAAAUUUCGCCCACUUCACGCGAUUAUUCCCGUCUGAAUUUCAAGAACUUUAUGAACGACUUGGUCCCUAUCUGCAACAUGAACCAUUUCAUGCUGCGCCAAUCAGCGGCCAACGAAGGCUUUUCGUAUAUCUGAGAUUUGUUGGACACGGUUACGCAUAUGGAGCUCUCGCAGAAGAGCUCAAUAUAGGAAGGAAGACUGUGUCUGACAUUGUCUCUGAAGUCACAGAUGUCAUCAACACGGUUCUGUUCGCCAAUGCAUUUCCGCCAAUCACCCGCCAUGCUCGUCAAGAAUGUGCCAUGAAAACACAGCAGCGUUAUGAUUAUCCACGCGCUGUGGGUUUCAUGGAUGGCAAACAUGUUGGAUUGAGAAAACCAAGAAAUGCAGGCAGCAAGUACUGGAAUUACAAAGGCUUCCACUCCAUCAUCCUCCUCGCUGUUUGUGACUGCGACUACCGUCUCACAGCCAUCGACAUCGGUGCCGCAGGACGAGCUGGAGACGCCGGAGUGUUUCGGGAUUCGGAGAUCAAGACAUUUUACGAAGCCCAUGAUGAGGUCUUCCCGGAAACGACGGCACUCGACGACGUUGGACCAGUGCAGUACCACAUCCUGGUCGAUGGCGGUUUUGCGCAGAGCCACCGAUAUAUCAGACCAUUUCCGGAACCAAUGGCGACCACAGCAAGCAAACGUCGCUUCAAUGAGAAACUCAGCGGGCAGCCCACUGCACUCCUAUCAUUCACCCCAAUUUGA